AUGGUCAAUGUGAAGGCACUCACUUGGCCUGUGGGUAUCAUCCGAAUAACAGCAGUCAUCCUCAGUUGUCUCGCUUUUAGCCUGGUGGCAAGUGCUGGAUAUGUCUCGUCUCCUUACUGGGCGUGGUGCAUGUUCACCUGGUGCUUCUGCUUCUUCUUCACCUUUCUAAUUCUCAUCCUGGAGUUCACCACUCUCAAUGAAAAAUUACCUUUCUGCUGGGAUAACUUCACCGCUACCUUUGUUAUGCUGGCAAGCAUGAUGUGCCAAGCUGCCUGCACCAUAUACCCCUUGUUUUUUGCUUGCAAUAUCUGCUACCGCCAGAUCGCUGCCUCUGUGAUGGCCGCGCUCUGUGCCGUGACGUAUUAUGGCGAAAUGAGGCAAAAGGGCUUUGCUGAACAAAACAGCAGUUUCUUCUCCAAGUUUCCUGGCAAAAUGAAGAUGGUGGAGACCUUCUUCCCCUGUCUCAUCUUCAUAUCUCUGGAGAAAGACCAAUACUUCACCUCCCCAGGACUGCAGUGGUGCGUGGCCGUGUACUCUUUGUGCUUCAUCUUUGCCGUCCUCAUAAUCCUGAUCACCAUUGCAGAUCUGACCUCAAUUUUCCCAUUUUGUUUUGACAAGCUAGUGCUCAUCUACAAUGUUUCGGCAUUGUUGUUGUAUAUGUCAGCUAUGGUGAUCUGGCCACUGUAUACUUUACACAAGGGACCCAUUAACUUCAUAUAUCCCUGGUUGAAACUGGUGGUGGUCACCGUUAUGACAGUUCUCAAUUUUAUUGCUUACACCCUGGACACUGCCUACUUUAUACGCCGCAUAUUCUUUGUUGAUAACCAGUGA